ACUAUUGGUGCUGCUGGUCCUGGCGAGGCUGGUAGCAAACCCUAUCUGCCUCUACGGGAUUCUGACGGACAGGAUUUGGAGAUGGAGGACGCAGAUAUUGAGGCCUUGGAUGACUCUGAAUUGGAUGAAGGUCUAGAUGUGCAGGGUCCCCGCACGGGCUACUUCUCUCCCAGCGUCAGUGACUCCCUUCAUCGGAUCAACCUUUUGUUUGCACAGGCAAGUCGAUUUUUCUUCCAACAAAUGUGA